CUUCCGGCUGCCAUGGAUAUUGAUUUUCCUCGGGUUUCGAGGUUUCUAGAACAGGUGGUACCUACGUUUCGCCGAGCGCAGACGUCAGCUGUCUCAAUAUGGCUGUUCAACAACGACGAAUCGUCCCGUGUCACGCUCGCGACGAUACAGCAGGACGGGGCCAGUGCACGAGUAACAAAGGCCAACGAUUUAACUCUCGAACCUGAUGCGGUGUUCUUGAUCAACAUGGUCCAUGGUACAUGUACCAUUGUCAUGUGUUUUCUGAUCCUUGCCUCGGUCGCCAAAGUCGAUGGGCAAUUGUCAUCUAAGGAGCAUCGAACUCACGCUGCAUCGGAACGAAUAAACGAUUUAUGGUGUUAUCAAUGCGAAACGAUGGAAGAUGGAGAGAAAUGUGCCAAUCUCACGGUAAAUUCUACUGCUUUCGGACACAAAUGCACCGGCGACAAAAGGACCUGUAUGGUAAAGCGAUUUUCUUACACUACCAGCACGGAAGAUUCGACCUCUAGCCCUCAGACAUGGUCAAUGGAGAGGAAGUGCACUAGUAAAUGUGAACCCGGAUGUAUAGUGAUCGGCGAACGUACGAAACUGUCCGCUUGCACCACCUGCUGCGAACAAUCGUACUGCAAUGUUGGUACCGGUGCUGCGAAUGACUUGACGAUAAGAGGGAUCGAUUUGUUCCUAGCCUUAAUACUCCAGAUUACGUUAACAAUUAUCAUGUAUCCAUCCUGACAUUGCAAACAGAAUAACGUUCGGUCUUCCGUGUAAAUAAUUCAGUUCAUUAUUCAAUACUUAUUUACAUGUCAUUCGAAUUUUCAUUUCCGGGUUGCCUGUAAAAGGAAACUUUCCCUUGUGAAGUCGUAAAUCUUGCCCACUCACAUACACUAUUCGCUGAUUAAAUAUUAUAAGCUUGGCUGAUUGAAAAUAAAUUCGCUUCGAAACGAUUAACUAAUACAGAAACAAUUGAUACAGAAAGAAGAAAGAAUAUUAACGCGAUCGAGGCAAUAUCUGGAAGAUUUAAUUUUUCUGUUGAAGCCAGAAUGAAUCCAAUUGAUAUUCGGAUAUUUAAAUAUUCGGACACUAAAUAUUGAAGUUAUUAUAAUUUUGUAAAAAGAAAUUGCACAAUAAUAAACUUGAGCUCAUUCAAAAGCUUAAAGCUUCUACGUUCAAAAUAUGUUAUACUAGAACGUUUUUGUAAUCUAAAAUAGUAUGUGGAAAUGUUGGAAAAUUUUUCUCAUGACUGUAUCUAUAUUAUGGAUUUGAAAAUACAAUAAUCCCCAUUACUUGACGUAUAAUAUGUUUUAGUUAUUUUAUUGAAUUUUGAAUGUUAGGUUUAAAUGACAAACAUUCAUGAAAAUUACAUUUUCAUCUGACAUUCAAAAUUCGACAAAUUUUA